GGAUUUUGAUUUUCGGGGAAUUAUUAUAAUUUGAUUGCCCAAACAAAUAUUUUGUCGAGUUAUACUAGUAAUAAUUUGUUUGCCCAAACAAAUAUUAUUGUGGAGUUCCUAUCCAAUCAAAACACAGAGAUCAGUCCAAUCAAAGCCCAGCGAUCUCGUGCGUUUUUGCAAUUCCACCACGAUGAGCGACGAACCUCGAAGCAAGCUCGAUUCCCGCAACGAAGUGCCGUCGCAUUCUGACAGCCUAGAAGCUGAAACACCGCGGUACCUCACUCGAGCUGAUGCGUUCAACAGCGUGUUCCAAGGCGUUGGAACAGCGGCGGCUCAACCCCGAGAACAACUGGUUAAGAAUGUAACCGGGACAAUGGUCGUGUUGGUGCAUCCAAGCCAAAGCGGCAAUCCCAUGCUACACCACAUGCAGAACGUGUUGCCAGAAGUCAACGCGGACAUCACUGCCGACUACAUGAUGGGAGACACGUGUGCUGCAUACUUCAUUUCCGUGCGGUAUCACAUGUUGCAUCCCCAUUACCUCAAGAACAAGUUGGCCCGCGCAACUCGCGUGAAAGUGCAGGUGUUGGUGUGUCACGUAGACGUUUCCGACAGCGAGUCGGCUCUGAAGGAGAUCAAUUGCGAGGCCUUGAGUGCGGGUUUCUCGCUCCUCUUGGCCUGGAGUUGGAAAGGUAGUACAUGCAUGUCCCCCACCUGCAUCAAACUACAUCACGACAUCCCACAGAAGCGGCGCGAUACAUUGAAACAUUAAAAGCGUACGAAAACAAGUCGGCAGCACUGAUCAAGGAAAAGGUGGAAGGCGACUUCAAUUCCCAGCUCAUAGAUGUGUUGACCACAGUGCGAUCUGUCAACAAAACCGAUGUGCUAACCUUGUCGGGGUCGUUUGGGUCCCUUCGACGGAUCAUGAAUGCCACCGAAGAAGAGCUGGCGCUGUGCCCGGGGAUUGGGGGCAAAAAGGUUCAGCAGCUACUAGAAGCCUUCAACCAGCCAUUCCACAGCUAAACAAUGUAGAACUCAAAAGUGCAUUCCAAACAUUUCUACUUUCGCUUGCGCAAAUCCGCAGCCAACUGCGCCGCCAUCUCGGUUUGCUUUGCCGCUUGUUGUUGGGCGUCGGCUUCUGCCUGGCGCUUCUUCUGUUCGGCCAGCUCUUCUUGCUCCGACAUGUGGUUGAUAAAUUGAACAGCUUGCGCAAAGAUGCUUUCACCCCAGUUGUCUUGAGGCUGAAGGGCUUGUGCUUCUUCACGGACUUCUUUGAUCUCUUCGCCAAUCAUCUCCUCGGCCAACUUGAAGCUCAUGUACGACCCGUCCUUGAUCAAGUCGUUCGUCUUGAGUUUGUGCAUGCCUUGCGCUUCUGUCUGUAUUCUUCGGAUAAGGGGGAUGUCCGCCACGGCUCGUCGGAACAGUGCCGAGCAAAGCGUCUUCAUAUCUUCUUCAGUCAACACUUCAGGCGCCUUUUCUUUCAAUGCGCGGUACUCUUCGAUUUGCGCAGGCAACGUGAAGUCGAACCCGUUGAUCAUUUCCUCCAAGAUGUCAUCGCCCUCCGCACUCUUCUUGGGUCGCAUUGCGUUCACAGCACUGUACACCAAGAACAACGCGAACACUAGCACACCGACAGCAACCCAUUCCACCGCAGACACCAUGACAAGCUGAUUCGUGAGGUCAAAGCACAAUGAGACUGUUCCUUCCAC